AUGAAUCACCUGAACAACUUAACAGAUAAUGUUGUACCUGUAUUGCCUGAAAUUUUGUAUUUACCUGAAAAUACCGGAAAUGAAUCAUUGAAUGGAACUGAUUUAAAUUUUACGGCACAUGAGUUCGUUUGCGUUUUAGAAUCACAGUCGGAAGAUUAUUUAUCGACAUGUGUUUUCCAGACUUGCGUCUACGUCACUUAUGGUAUUAUUUUUGUGAUAGCACUCUUAGGUAACGGGUUAGUUUGUUUCGUUGUGCAAUCGUCACCGCGGAUGAAGACAGUGACGAACUUUUUUAUAAUGAACUUAGCGGUGGGUGAUAUAUUAAUGACAUUAUUCUGUGUACCGUUUUCGUUUGUGUCGAUGCUCAUUUUACGCUACUGGCCGUUUGGUGGAUUAAUGUGUAAGUUGGUGAACUAUUCGCAGGCAGUGUCAGUGUUAGUGAGUGCAUAUACACUCUUAGCUAUAUCAGUGGAUAGGUAUUUUGUGAUAACAAGACCCUUGAAGCCGAGAAUGGGAAAAACGGUUGCCAAACUAGUGAUGUGUUCAGUUUGGUGCGGGGCUUUAGCAACGGCUGCACCUAUAUUAAUAGUUUCACAACUAGAGAAACCUUCUUUAUGGCACCAAGUUUGCGAGUUGGAUGUUUGCAGCGAGAAAUGGGCCUAUCCUGACCAGAGCGAGCAAUACACUUACGCAUUACUGAUAUUCCAAUUUGCGUUACCGCUCGCAGCACUCGUUUGUUCAUACGGUCGUAUUGCUUAUGUAGUGUGGGGCGUGCGACCACCUGGAGAGGCGGAGAGUGUACGGGAUAUGCGAAUACAACACUCUAAGCGAAAGAUGGUUAAAAUGAUGAUAACCGUUGUGGUUGUAUUUACCGUGUGUUGGCUACCUUUGAAUAUUUUUAUCUUAUUAUGGACGGCGCACGAAGAUGACGAGGAAUGGGGCAGAUGGCCGGGAAUGCCGUACGUUUGGUUCAUAAGCCACUGUUUAGCUAUGUCGCAUUCCUGCUACAAUCCAAUUAUUUACUGCUACAUGAACGUGAGAUACCGCAGUGGAUUCAUACAGGUUCUCGGUAAACUUCUGCGCUUGAACAACAAUAGUGCAGGCAGCCGCUCGUGUCAUCGAUCGAGUGUUUGUGAGAGAAUUCCACUGUCAGAUUUGAUGGAUACUAAUAGAUACUCAACACAAAGAAGUAUUAACAGAUGCAAACGUAAGAUCACCCGAGAUGGUCUAAGUAGCUCUGAGUUAAAUAGAAAAUGUACUUCAUGUACAUCGUUACGGCAAUCAUCGUCUACGAUGUCUCGACCACCUGCACCGGCGCGCGCUGUUUCGGUGCGUUCGCAUUUCGACUAG